CCUGUCAAUGUACUAAUAUCAGCACCAUCUGGACGUAGUCUGUGCAGUGUGUGACAAAGUUUAGUGCAGGGUCAGCAUAAGUAUGUGUGACGGCAUGAAAGAGGGAACCCUCUCGAUAAAGGCGUUGGAGAGGUUCCUGUUCGGAGGGAAACGGAGUGGAAAUCAUGUGGAUCAAGUCUGGCCCAACCUGUUCUUGGGAGACAUGUCGAUAGCCAAUGAUCGCUAUGGCCUGUGGAAGCUAGGGAUUUCCCACGUGCUGAAUGCGGCUCAUGGGAAGACGCACUGCCAGGGCGGCCAUGAGUUUUACGGCUCGUCUGUAGAGUACUGUGGAGUGCCAGCAGACGACUCGCCAGCAUUUGACCUGUCAGUUUACUUCCGUCCGUGUGCUGACUACAUCCACCAGGUUCUGAGCUCACCUGGAGCACGGCUGCUUGUGCACUGCGCAGUGGGCGUGAGCCGGUCUGCUUCGUUGGUCCUCGCCUACCUGAUGAUCCACCAGCAGUUCCCCCUCCUGGAGGCUAUUAAAACUGUGAAAGAGAACAGGUGGAUCUUUCCCAACCGAGGAUUCCUGAAGCAGCUCCGAGCGCUGGACAUGACAUUAUAUGGCACAAAGUGAACAGGCAUUUACAAAUAAUGACAGGCAUACAUAACACAGAACCUAUGAUUACAUUUAGUUCGUGUAGUAGGCUUCUAACACAAUGCUACAGUUUUCCCUCCCCAUCAGUGAUGAUCAAUAAAGAUGAUGGAUCUAAAUCACCAAUUU